AGCCAUUUGGGUUCAAGUUUGGAUCAAGUAGUUUUUCGUUCCAAAUAUUUUCGCAAGUACCCGAAUUCCCAAUACAUACAGCGUUCCUGCCACCAUCUCUUACGCAUAGCGUCAACCCAUGCAUCUUGCCACGAUGAUCCGCGCGGGCUGCUUGGUGGCCUGCGCUGCCGUGGCGAGCGGGCUCGCGAUGCAGCGUCGUUCAGCCCACUCGGUCUUCUUUCUGGGAUCUUCUGUGGACAGGUACGCAGUGGCGGAUUUCUGUGGGACCGACGGUAAGAAAUUUUACAGAUUGAGUUGCGUAAACGAGGAACGGGAUCUCGCCGUGGGCUAUGCCGCUCACCCUGGAGUGGGCAUUCAUGGUGAUUUCCAUCCGCCUUUCUGGAACCACACCUAUCCCAUUGUCGAACAUAGCGACGUGUCCAGUAGCCAGGAACUGCGCAAAGGGAUCAUGGGCAUCAUGAACAUGAAGGGAGAGGAGUUCCCAGACAUGAUUGUGGUAGAAAGCUCCCUCUGGGAUCUUUUCACCUGGGCUUCGUGGGGCGUCAAGAACGUGACGAAAGAGCGUCUGCACCAGUGGGGUCGCCGUGAUUUGAAACAUCUUAUGGCUCGUGUGUCCGAGACGUUCCCUCAAAGCCGCAUCGUCUUCAGAACUGCGCCUCGUGUUCACCAUUCAGUGUUUCUUAACGUAAUUCUCAAGGAUGAGUUUCACAAAUCCACGACUGUAAGCUAUCCGGACGUCGCGGUGGUGUCUGUUAAGGCGAUGGAUUGGAUGAAGCAUGAAGUGGAUAAGGAGAUGCAAAAUGGCAAGCUCUACGGCUUGUACGAGGUGGUGGACUAUUACAAGAUCAUGAACGAGCUUAUCGAAGAGCGCGGGUUCGUUCCGUCUUUGUGGAUGAAGGAUGGAACCCAUCCGAGCAUGGUGGCAUCCAGGCGCUACAUGAAUGCGAUACUCCAGCUCAUGCAGCUUCCAACGGUGAGCCAGCAGGACUCGGGGAGGCGGGAGAAGGCAUACUUCGACGACGUUUCGGAUGACAGUGUCUUGUUCCCGUAAGCACUGCGGUGCUGUGGCCGGAGAGGGAGAUGUGAUGAGGGUGUCGUGGGCAAGAGGAUUGAGGGGAAGUAGUUCUUGCCGAAAUUCCGAAGCCAGAAUUUCGGCCACAUUCGCAGGAUAACACUGUGGGGGGCUUGCUUACUCGGCGGCGCGUUUGGCAAUGCCAGUGGCGUGCAUCAUCAGCA